UUGUCACGUCUAUUGCAUGUGAUUAGUUCCUAAUCUAAUCGCUCUCGGAAAAUUAGGUCGAUUUCGGAUCGGAACUCCCACGGAGAGAGCUCUUCCCUCAGCAAUGAUCACUCCAUGCGAUUUCAAGAAUCUGAUUCCCUUUUUUGCUUAAUUCCGGCAGAUCUGUGUGAUCGAGUAUUUUGAUCCUUACAAUAGGACUUGUGGUUGGUGCUUUGCUAUUUUGGUGUUAUUAAUAUGGGGGAGCAUCUCUGCUGCAAGAAGUCAAGGAAAAAAGCCAUCAGAAAUGCCUUAGAAAUUAAUCAUUUCUCUAUCCUGCUUUCUCCUGUUGUAUCCUUUUGGGAUUGCAUUUUUCGCAAAAUUAGAUACUCCUUCAGACCUGAAUGGGCGUAGGGUUAAAGGAUUAACUGCUUAAGUAGUUUUCAUUUUUCUUACAAGAAGAGAAGUUUAUGAAUUAUUAGGUCUGGAGUUGGUUUCAGAAUCAAUUUCCUCUCAUAUUAGUCAUUUGAAGAUAAGCUGAAUUCAGUAUAUUAGAGGUAUAAGUAGUUAUGGAGAAAAUAAGAUGUGGUCAGGUAAGCGCGGCCAUGAAGAAAGGAAAAAAGAAGCAGGCCAAGGGUGAGCUGGAUCGUCUGAAGCAGGCUGAGAAGAAAAAGAGGCGCUUAGAGAAAGCACUUGCAACUUCUGCUGCUCUACGAUCUGAAUUAGAGCAGAAGAAACAGAAGAAGAUAGAAGAACAGAAAAGGCUGGAUGAAGAAGGAGCCUCAAUUGCUGAAGCAGUCGCUCUUCAUGUCCUAGGAGGGGAAGAUGCCGAUGAAUCCUGUCAUUUCAUGAUAAACAAUACCAGUAAGCAUAACCAUUGGGAGUAUUCAAGUAAUAUUGAUAUUUCCAUGGAUUAUCAAAGCUUCACAAAUUAUUCUAUUGAUGGAUGGGGGUUGGGAACCAACGCAUAUAAUCCUUCAUGGAAGUGGAACAGUUGGGGGAUUGGAUUGCCAUUGCCUCCUCAAUUAUUUACGGAAGAUGUUCAAUCACCACAUUUUCACAAGGCAAGUCAAGGACCAGAUAUUUCUGCAGAAAUUUUGGCCGCACAGGCUGUUUCAUCACUGCAAAUUGCAGAAGAUCCACAUGCAGCUCAAUUUGUUGGACAAGGAGCUGCAACCAUUACUAAUAAAAUGCUGGGAGGCAGCAGUACCAGUGACAAAGUCAACAUUUACAGGAAGAUAUAACAUAAUUUGAAUGAGUUUGUGAAUAGCUAUAACAAAAUUUCCUCUCUAGUGAGAAUGUAUUCAGUUUCCAGUGACUGGUACGGUGUCUUGCAAAAUGCUUGUGUUCUUACGAUGUGUUUGGAGGAAAUCUCCAUUUUUGUGCACUCUGUACAUUGUUGCUUUCUUGUGCAAAAUGGAAUUACCUCACAGUUUGACUCCA